AUGAUCCAUCCCGGCUGCCGCUCAUACUGCCUCGCAACAUCCCAACGCCUCCCACGCUUACAAUACGCCCUCCUCCUCCUUCUCCUCAUCGGCGCGCUUCACGCUCCUCCCUCCCUUCCCGUCGGCAACACUCGCGGCUCCGGCCCGCUCUUAGCGCUAGCGCUAGCCGCGUCGCAGUUUCUAGGCGAUGCCGCUUCCCAGGAAGCGGAGGCGUUAGUUAAAGCGUGGUCGGAAGCGUACGGGCUGGGCGCAGACUCUCUGCUUCCCCCUUCCGCCGUCUCCCUCCCCGCGGGCGUGCCCGCUGCGCCGCACCUGGAAGAUUGCGCGCGAGCGAGCGCGGAGCGGGAGGCGUGGGAGCGGAGAGGCGCGCGGGGAGAGGAGCCCGCUUGGACGCGGGAAGGGCCAAGGAGGUCGGAGGCUGCUGCUGGUGGUGGGUGCUCGGGGCAAGAGCAGGGGGAGGAGGUCCCGCAGCCGCCAUGGAUCAGAGGGCCGGAUGAAGCCAAUCUGCCGCUGACACGUGUCGUGCAGAGGGACAUCUGGCGGCAUCAGUUCCCACCUGGGGAUUGCACCGACAAGCGCCUGCUCAUUGCCAAGUGGCCCAAACCUGGUGGCCAUGGGGCUGGCUCGCAGGUGCAUGUGAUGUCGGCCAUGCUCAGCCUGGCCAUGCUCAACAACAGAGUGCUCGUAGAAGACCCCGACACCUACCUGCGCGCCCGCACGCCUGACUGCGAAGCCGUGGGGCACAACAGUCGGUGGGACUGCUACUUCUUCCCCAUCACCUCAGUGGAGUGCCGUCGAGUGGUUGUACAGCAGCUAGUCACCAACACACUCCCCGACUGCGCUGGCAUGGGCUUUGAGGCCGCUGCUGCCUCGCCCGAUCGCUUUGUGUGCAUCGGCAUGGCGAAUUCUAUGGAGUCCUCCGCUGCUAGCCUGUGGGGCGAUGCGUAUCUGAACAGCACAUGCACGGUGGAGGCAGAGGGGCGACUCAUGCCUCUUGACCCGGAACUCCGCAAGGUGCACUGGUGGCGGGCGCAGGCGGUGCGAUUCAUCACGCGGUGGCCAUCGGCUCAUCUCUGCCACGUCACCAACCAGGAGAGGCACCGCGCCUUCGGCACACUCUCAGCCAAUCACGUCGCUCGCUUCCUUCUUACCCAAUCAGAAGCCCUCUCCUCUCUCUCUCACAGCACCGCCCCUGCUGCUUCUGCCACCUCUGCUGCGGCCACCUCUGCUGCACCUACCGCACUCAACGUCCCAGCUAAUGCAACUGACUGGGAAGCAAGGAGGAGAAGAGCAGCAGACCGAUUGGCGGCUCUUGCAAGUUCAUCCUUGUCCUUCCAUCCAGACGCCACUGGCAGUGCCACAGGGGGUGGUGACAAUGGCAAUGCCAACAGCGCGGAUGCCAGCUGGUGGCUGGGAGUGGAGGAGCCGUACAUGCCGCGGCCUAUAGUGAGUCUGCAUGUAAGGGGUACGGACAAGUUUGCAGAGAUGGGGCUGACCUCUCUGGACUCCCACAUCUUCCACAUGAACCGCCUCCGCCACCAUGGGCUCGACCUCUCCCACGUCUGGCUCAACACUGAGACCCAGGCCAACGUGGACCGAGCAGCGGAUCAGCCCUCAUGGACUUUCUUCUACUCAUCCAACGCGCGGCAGCAGGACGCAGCGGGGUCGCUACGCCAGUACGAGCGAGACCAAUCAGUGGCGGUGAGCUUUGCCAGCGUGCUCAUCGCAGCGCAGUGCGACUAUUACGUUGGCAGCCUCGGCUCCAACUGGAGCCGCCUCAUGAACGAGCUGCGCUCCACCAACGGCCGAUUGCUAGCCGGCUUUGUGGCCGUCAAUUUUGGGGAAUGGUGA